AUGCCGACGAUCGCACGUUACACGCGAACUGCCGAUAAUCGGCUGGGGAGCCUUUUCUGGGUCGACGGUGAGAUGAUGUCGGACUAUCAGUUAUUUGGAGAUGUUCUGGCUUUUGAUUCGACGUAUCGGUCAAAUAAGUACAAGAAACCGCUUGUAGUGUUUCCCGGGUCAAAUCACCACAAACAGACAACCAUUUUUGGAUUUGUGCUGCUGGAGGACGAGGAAGUUCGUAGUUACCGGUGGCUGCUAUUAAAUCUUAUUGACGUAAUGGGAGAGAAGACGCCGUGUGUUGUUGUCAUGGAUGGGGACAAAGUGAUGCGCGCAGCUAUUACGGAGGUGUUCCCAGCAGCUAGGCACCGGCUGUGUGGGUGGCACUUGGAGAAAAAUUGUGUUCAAAGGGUUAAGGAUACCGAAUUCCGGAAGGUCUUUAAGAAGGCUAUCUAUGCGAACUUCAAGGUGGAGGACUUUGAGGAAUAUUGGAAGACGGCGGUGGAGUCACUUGGCCUACAAAAUAAUAGUUGGGUUCAAAGCACAUACGAGGUCAAAGAAAUUUGGGCAACAGCAUAUCUCCGGGGCACGUUCUGUGUGGGAUACAGGACAACCUCAAGAUGUGAGGGGAUUAAUGCAUACAUAAAGGGGUUCCUGAAAUCCACUGAUAGCAUUUUGGAGCUGGUGCACAGCUUAGAUCGCGUUAUAAAGGAUUAUCGAAACAACGAGGCAGUUUUUAGAGAGGUGAAGAAACAAAUUAAGGGUGUUGCGACCUUGUUGUUUCGUGGGAGAGACAGCAUCUGCACAACGGUUGUCUACAAGUUUUCAAGGAUGGGCGCUCUUGGUAGGAUACAGAAGGUUUUGUUCGACCCCGAUGACAAGAAAAUUGAGUGCGACUGUUUGAUGUGGAAUAGUUAG